AAAUUGACGAAGAAUGUGCGAAAAGAAACACUGUAACGCCGAAGAAGAAGCAACUCUAAAUCAAAACCAGUAGCUACACCAUCUAACCCAAAUCCCCACGGAACAGGACAACAUGACGAUCCCAGCGGCUGCCCUCCACCAACAGCUGUUGUCCUACCAGCUUCUGCAAUACCACAUUCUGAUGCCCAGUUUGUUGAUCUCCAAGAGCGCGUCAGACUGCGACGGAUGCCCGAGCCAGCUGGAAAACCUGAGGGCAGCCACGCUGUCCAACCAUCUAGCCAUCAACCAUUUGUCACACAUGCUCAUCGGCCAUUUGAGAGGCUUUCAGCUCUCGGUUAAACAAGACGAAAAAGGGGUCUGCCACUGGGAGAACAUUUGCAAAGCUGGAAAUCGGUCGACCAACGAUACGACGCCGGAAAGUCCGCCAUCAACACCAGAUCAGACGACGGAGAAUCCACCGUCAACGCCAGAUCCGACGCCAGAAAUUCCACCACCACCGCCAGAUACGACGCCGGAAAGUCCACCAUCAACGCCAGAUCCGACGCCGGAAAAUCCACCACCAACGCCAACGCCAGAUUUUCCAUACGUGACCAGCAUCCAGGUGACCAAUCACUACCGGACCAAAUUACACCUGUGUGGCGGAACACUCAUUUCGCCCACCUGGGUUCUCACGGCAGCCCACUGUCUGGAUCCAGAGAGGCCUCAGGACCUUGUAGUGAUCGCUGGGGAAAAGUACAUCGGUCACCAGCAGGUAACUGGAAAAAUGUUUCUGGUCAAGGAGUUUUUCCUGCAUCCCCAAUAUGCGUACCACACGAAGCCUUACGACCACGACGUAGGCCUAGUCCGUUUGGCAGAGGCGGUUUCCGAGAACGAAUUCGUGAGCAUUGCUCCCCUGCCCGACGCACCUUUUAACAACUUUACAGGUUUGUGCCACGAGCCAGGAUGGGGUCCUCUUCGAGAUAAUACGCCUGGGGCUAAUUACUUGAAAUAUACAUCAGUACCGAUAUUACCAAAGGAGAAAUGCAACGCAGCUUAUUCCACGGUACUUGGAGAAAGCAACAUCUGCGCUGGCCAAGAUGGCGUCGGCGCAUGCGUGGGUGACAACGGUGGGCCUCUCGUUUGCAACUCUAAGCCUGUUGCAGUGAUGUCUUGGAGAGAAGGCUGCGCUCAGCCCGGGAAACCUGCUGUGUACAUGGACAUCUACUCAUAUUUGCCUUGGAUUAGGGAGAUAACAAAGAUAGGAUAUUGAGGUUCAGGAACAGUGCAUGCGAUAUAUGUGUUUGAUUUUGUGCUUGCCGACCUGAGAAUGACAACGGUAAAGUUUUAGGGAGGUGUGUUGGCCUCCCCUUACUAUAGUAGGUUCACAUCAACCGUGCAUCUGAUGUCUAGGCAAGUCCCUUACGACACUCCCUAUUGGCUGUUGAUAAGCCAAUCACAGGGCUGAGAACUCUCAGUCUCUCGAGAGCUCACAUAGGCAGGAUGUAUGUUCCAUCUCUCCUGAGGGAUAUGUCUUUCCAAAGUAUCCCUCGGGCGAGGUGGAACAUAGCCUACACUUGCCUAUGUGAACUCUCGAGUGAGACUGAGAGUUUCCAGCCCUGUGAUUGGCUUAUCAACAGCCAAGCAGGAGCACUUAAGGGACGGGCCAAGACAUCAGAUGCACGGUUGAUGUGAAUCUACUAUAGUCUAAGUUUUGGGAAGAAGUCUACAAAAUAUGGAAAGUAUCAGAGUAAAGGAAUUUGACAAAAGAUAUAAAAGAAACAAAAAAGCCAUGUUCUACAGUGGAUGCUCUGAAACUAAAAACCAAGGAAAUGGUAUCAGUAACGAUUAAUGACGAUAUAUUGAUGAAAAUCUGUGUUAACAGAACAAAAUAAUAGUUUACAAAAACAAAGAAGAAUGUGGAAAAGGGAACCCACAGAUAAGAUUUAUUGAACGUUUACUAAGAUUGAUUCUAAUACAUGUUUUCAUAUAAUUAGUAAUAUAUUCAGUAGAUGUAUACUAAAUCAAUAUCAACGUGUUAAAAUAAAACAUUUCUUCCCCACUUUCCCCUCACAAAGUGACGGAAAUCUUGGCCCUUCCCAUGAGAGAGAGAGAGAGAGAGAGAGCG